AUGAGUGGUGGAGGACCUGGCCUCGUUAGCUUGGUUCAGGCCAUGAAAAGUAAAAAUGCCCCUAGGGCCACAAAAGGUAAAAUCCAAUGCCACACUUCAUCAAAUAAAUCAAAAGAGACUCUAGCAUACUUACCCAAUCGAGCCAUUGCGUUGGAUUCCAAGCUCUUG